CCGAGCGAGACGGGGCCCGCGGUAGCUGGGGCCAACCUAUACGGACUACUCUUCCCGACGCUCCUCGCGUGGCAACGCCGCGGGCUUGCCGAGGGCGGGAGGACGCGGGAAGCUCCGGACGUGAGGCAUGAGUGGCGCCCUCCCCCGGCCCGCUCGAAUCCUUCUUCCUCCCGGAGCGAGGGUCGCGCGGUGCAGGGCCUAGCCACGGGCCGCGCUUGCCCUGGGCGUGGGCAGGGGUUGCAGCGGCCGCGCCGGGCGCGGGGGGCAGGCGGCGGCCACCAUGGAAGUGAGCGGGCCGGAAGACGACCCCUUCCUCUCGCAGCUGCACCAGGUGCAGUGCCCCGUGUGCCAGCAGAUGAUGCCCGCCGCGCACAUCAACUCGCACCUGGACCGCUGCCUGCUGCUCAACCCCGCCGGGCACGCUGAGCCGGCGGCCGGGCCGCAUCGCGCCGGGGAGCGGCCCAAGGGACCGUCCCCGCCCAGCGCCAAGAAGCGGCGGCUGUCGGAGAGCUCGGCGCUGAAGCAGCCGGCCACCCCGACGGCGGCCGAGAGCAGCGAGGGCGAGGGCGAGGAGGGCGACGACGGGGGCGAGACCGAGAGUCGGGAGAGCUACGACGCGCCGCCCACGCCCAGCGGCGCCCGCCUCAUCCCCGACUUCCCCGUGGCCCGCUCCAGCAGCCCGGGGAGGAAGGGCUCCGGCAAGAGGCCGGCCGCCGCCGCCGCCGCCGCCGCCGCCGCCGCGGCCGCGAGCAGCACGUCUCCGCGGAGCUGGGACGAGGCGGAGGCUCCGGAGGAGGAGGAGGCGGGAGGCGACGGGGACGCCGAUGCGGACGGCGAGGAAGACCCGGGCCACUGGGAUGCGGACGCCCCCGACGCCGCAGCCUUUGGGGCCGGCCGGCCGCACGCGCGGGCGCUGGCGGCAGAGGAGAUCCGGCAGAUGCUGGAGGGCAAGCCGCUGGCCGACAAGAUGCGGCCCGACACGCUGCAGGACUACAUCGGGCAGAACCGAGCCGUGGGGCAGGAGACCCUGCUGCGGUCGCUUCUGGACACCAACGAGAUCCCCUCGCUCAUCCUGUGGGGGCCGCCGGGCUGCGGCAAGACCACUCUGGCUCACAUCAUAGCUAACAACAGCAAGAAACAUAGCAUAAGAUUUGUGACAUUGUCUGCGACAAAUGCCAAAACAAAUGAUGUGCGAGAUGUCAUAAAGCAAGCUCAGAAUGAAAAGAGCUUCUUCAAAAGGAAAACCAUCCUUUUUAUUGAUGAGAUUCAUCGGUUCAAUAAAUCUCAACAGGAUACCUUCCUGCCUCACGUGGAAUGUGGGACGAUCACACUGAUUGGUGCAACCACAGAAAAUCCUUCCUUCCAAGUCAAUGCUGCUCUUUUGAGCCGCUGUAGAGUUAUUGUUCUUGAGAAGCUUCCAGUAGAGGCAAUGGUGACUGUUUUAAUGCGAGCAAUCAACUCACUGGGAAUCCAUGUCUUAGACUCCAGUCGUCCCACUGACCCUCUGAGCCAUAGCAGCAACAGCAGUUCUGAACCCUCCGUAUUCAUUGAGGACAAAGCAGUGGACACUCUGGCUUAUCUGAGUGAUGGGGAUGCCCGGGCUGGCUUGAAUGGACUGCAGCUGGCAGUGUUGGCCAGGUUAAGUUCUAGGAAGAUGUUUUGUAAGAAGAGUGGGCAAACCUAUUCUCCUAGUAGAGUCCUGAUUACUGAAAAUGACGUGAAGGAAGGCCUCCAGCGGUCUCACAUUUUAUAUGAUCGAGCAGGAGAAGAGCAUUACAACUGUAUCUCUGCACUACAUAAGUCCAUGCGGGGUUCAGACCAGAGUGCCUCCCUCUAUUGGCUUGCACGCAUGCUUGAAGGAGGAGAAGACCCUCUCUACGUGGCCAGGAGACUUGUGAGGUUUGCCAGUGAGGACAUAGGUCUGGCGGAUCCAUCUGCAUUAACACAAGCCGUUGCUGCCUACCAAGGCUGUCACUUCAUAGGCAUGCCCGAAUGUGAGGUGCUUCUGGCCCAGUGUGUCGUCUAUUUUGCCAGGGCUCCCAAGUCUAUUGAGGUGUACAGUGCCUAUAACAAUGUCAAAGCCUGUCUGAGAAACCACCAAGGGCCUCUACCACCGGUCCCGCUGCACCUGAGGAAUGCACCCACCAGACUGAUGAAGGACUUGGGCUACGGCAAGGGCUAUAAGUACAACCCCGUGUACAGUGAACCUGUGGAUCAGGACUACCUACCAGAAGAAUUGAGAGGAGUUGAUUUCUUUAAGCAGAGGCGAUGCUGACUGUUUUGAGGCUAUGGCCAUGGAAGGAGGUAUCUUGUUUUUAGUGAGGGCAGAAAGGAUGUGAAGUCAGUUACUAGGUGGAAGUUAAAAACAGACCAACAUUCUGUCAGAGGCCCUUAGGUGGAGGCACGGUUACUUCAGCUAAAUGUAUAACAUUGAAAUUGUGUUCAUUGGCACUCUGUGCAUUGGUUAUGCUUAUGAAAAUAUCUGGCAGCUUUGUGCAAUGAAUUAAUGUUAUAAGGAAUUAUCUAUUUUGUCAUAGUAUUUAAGUCAUAAUGUCAUUUCAGAAUUCAGUUCUGUAGGAUUUCUUUUCUUUAAAAAUGUAUAUUCUGGGUAGUUUCAAUUGGUAAAAAAAAUGUAAUUGUGAUUUAAUACUGCAUAGUGUUGAGUAUUUUUUUUAUAUGCAAAGGUCUUAUGAGCCAAUAAAACUAUUUCAAAGUA